AUGUCUUCUUCUUCCUUUGCCAAAAAGUACGAUGUAUUCAUUAGCUUCAGGGGUGAGGACACCCGAACCAAUUUCACUAGCCAUCUUCAUAGUGCUCUCUGCCACAGCAAAAUCGAAGCAUACAUUGAUUAUAAUCUUAAAAAAGGAGAUGAGGUUGGGCCUGCACUUAACGAAGCAAUCAGGGACUCACAUAUAUCACUCAUCGUUUUCUCGAUAAACUAUGCUACAUCAAAGUGGUGCUUGGAAGAACUCCUCCAAAUACUCGAGUGCAGAAAACAUCAAGGACAGGUAGUUAUACCUGUGUUCUAUGAAACAGAUCCAUCGGAUGUACGUCAUCAGAAAGGGAGUUACGAGAAAGCGUUCGCAAAACAUGAGAGAGAUCUAAGGAACAAUAAAUUCUACCAUGAUAAAGUGUCUAAGUGGAAAGCUGCUCUCACUGUAGCCGCUAAUAUAUCUGGAUGGGACUCUCGUACCCAUAGGGAUGAUUCUGAAGUCAUCCAAAACAUUGUGAAAGAUGUUUGGCAAAAGCUGUCCCUGAUGUAUCCUAAUGAACUGAAAGGCCUUGUUGAAAUUGAUGAGAACAGUAAAUCCAUUGAUUCAUUACUCAAUAAAGUUCCAAGAAUUGGAAUUUGGGGCAUGGGUGGUAUAGGUAAGACAACCAUAGCUAGACACAUGUUUGCCAAACACUUUCCACAAUAUGACAGUGUAUGCUUCCUGGCAAAUGUAAGAGAAGAAUCAGAAAAGUUUGGACUAACAUAUACACGUGAUAAGCUUCUCUUUGAGCUACUAAAGGAACCAAUUACAACAUCUCAUGUUACUGGAUCCACAUUCAUUAAGAGAAGGCUUAGCAGCAAUAAAGUUUUCAUUGUACUUGAUGAUGUGGAUAGUUCUGCUCAAUUAGAAUAUUUGUGUGAUGAAUUAGAUGACCUUGAACAUGAUAGUAGACUCAUUAUAACAACAAGAAAUAGGCAUAUGCUUAGUGGAAGAGUUGAUGAGGUAUAUGAGGUCACUAAAUGGGAGUUUCCAGAAUCUGUAAAGCUUUUUAGCUUGGGAGCUUUCGAGCAAAUUCGUCCUAAAGAUGGUUUUGAGGAUCUUUCAGAAAGGGCAGUUGCAUAUGCAGGAGGCAUUCCAUUAGCUUUAAAAGUAUUGGGUUUACAUUUUCAUUCCAGAGAUACUGAAUUUUGGAAAUGUGAAUUGAAUAAAUUUGAGAGCAAGAAGGAAUCCUUCAAGGAAAUUCAAAACAUGUUACAAGUAAGCUAUAAUGGAUUACAAGAGCUACAACGGGAAAUCUUUCUGGACAUUGCAUUCUUUUUCAAAGAUGAAAAUAAAGAUGAAGUCGUAAGGAUACUAGAUGCGUGUGGUUUCUACCCUGCUAGUGGAAUAAAAGUCCUUGAAGAUAAAGCCCUUAUAACUAUUUCAAAGAGCAAUAGAAUACAAAUGCAUGACCUGCUACAAGAAAUGGGUUUUGAUAUAGUUCGGAAAGAAUUUAGCAGAGACCCAGGAAGACAUAGCCGACUAAGGGAUAUUGAAGAAGUUUGUGAUGUAAUUAACAAUAACAAGGGGACUGAUGCAGUUGUAGGCAUAACAUUAGAUUUGUCUCAAAAAGUAGAUUUACACUUGAGAGCUGACACAUUCAACAUGAUGACUAGUCUAAGAUAUCUUAAAUUAUAUGUCCCAUUGGGUAAGAAGAGGUCAACGACUGUGUACCCUCCUCAUAAAGUUUUUAUGUGGAUGCAUUAUCGUUUGCCAUUUUCGGAUAAAUUGAGGUACCUUGAAUGGCAUGGAUACCCCUUGAAGUCUCUUCCACCACAUUUUUGUGCUAAGCUGCUUGUUGAGAUUCGCUUGCCACAUAGCGAUGUCAAAUAUCUUUGGCGCGACAUGCAGGAACUUGUGAAUUUAGAAGGAAUGGACCUAAGUGAAUGCAAGCAGUUAAUAAAGCUCCCAGAUUUGUCUGGCGCUUCAAAACUUAAAUGGCUGUAUCUCUCUGGCUGUGAAAGUUUACGCCAUGUUCACCCAUCUGUUUUUUCUAACGACACACUUGUUACCUUGCUAUUGGAUAGGUGCACAAAACUGAAAAGCCUUAUAUGUGAGAAGCAUUUAAGAUCUCUGGAGAAGAUCAGUGUCAACGGCUGCUCAAGUCUGAAGGAAAUUUCAUUGUCCUCGGAUUCAAUUGAAAGGUUGAAUUUAAGCAACGCAGGAAUCGAAAUAUUGCACCCAUCAAUCGGUCGUCUAAGAAAGCUUGUGUGGCUCAACCUAGAAGGUUUAAGACUUGAAAAUCUUCCAAAUGAGUUGUCUUGCCUGACAUCACUUACUGAGCUUUGGAUUUCAAAAUGCAGCAUAGUAAUUAAAGACAAGUUACAUGUGCUAUUUGGCGGCCUUCGAUCUUUACAAAUACUAUAUUUGAAAGACUGUCUUAAUUUGUUUGCACUCCCUGACAAUAUCAGUGACUUAUUAUCAUUAUACGAAUUAAGACUAGAUGGAAGCAGUGUGAUGAGUUUACCUUCAAGUAUCAAGGAUCUCUCAGGGCUAGAAAUUCUGUCCUUAGAGAAUUGCACGGAGCUUUGGCAUCUGCCAGAGCUUCCUGAAAACAUAAAGGAGUUUUAUGCAGAUAACUGCACAUCAUUGAUGACAGUAUCCACUUUAGGGACAUUUUCAGAAAAAAUGAACGGAAGGGAGAAAUACAUUUCUUUCAAGAAUGUUAUGAGAUUGGAUGAAUCAUCACUCGACCUUUUUAUGGAAGGUGCACUAUCAACAAUGAAGAUUGCUGCAAUACACAAUGUACAAUUAAGAACAAGCGUUGUGCGAAACCAAAGCUACAGUUAUUAUAGCAGUGUUGAGGUUUGUUUACCAGGAAGCAGCGUCCCACGGUACUUUCGUUACCAAACAACAGGUUCAUCAACCAGAACUACUGGAGUUCUUAUCCGUUCCUACUCGUUGGGAUUCAUUUUCGCGGUCGUUGUUUCUCCAUCCUAUGGUAAUGGUGCUAAAAUCCAAUGUCAAAGCUACUCUAAAGAUGGAAGAAAGGUGGGAUAUGCAUCUACAUGGCAUAAUAAAACUGCUAUGAAUAUGAAGUACGAUCAUGUUUAUGUAUGGUAUGAUCCGUUCCAUUUUGACAGCAUUCUCGGCAGUGAUGAAAAAAUGGUUUCUUUUGAAUUCAGUGUUACAACUGAUACUGGGGAACGCCAUGGCUUGUUCGGUCCAAACAAAUGUGGGGUCCGUCACUUAUAUUCAUACUAGAGUAAACGCUCUUUUUAGUCACUGGCAAUAUCUACGAAUUUUCAGUCCCUGGCAAUAAAAAAAGACCAAAUUGGUUACAAGAAAAGGGCCACUCUACAUAUUUGGGAGUUGAGAUAAGGACUAACAUGGUCCUUUUUUGUAAUUUCAGGGACCAAUUUGGUCAUUUUUUAUUGCCAGGGACUAAAAAGGACUUCGUAGAUAUUGACAGGGACUAAAAAGGGUGUUUACUCUUCAUACUAUAAUU